AUGCAGAGCGGCCAGUCAGACCAGAGGGGAGAAACAAAACUGAAAGUGCCGGACGAAGAGAGGAAGGAGAGCCAGCAUCAGGAGUGUCUUUUGAAGCAGACAUCGUGUGGCUGCUGUCUGAUGGAGAAGCAGAUGUAUAGGAUGGAAGAGUUCUUCAACGUAACCUACAAAGUAAUGCACAAGUUGCUGACGCAUUCAAAGAAGGUCCUCGACAAUAUGAAUGCCAGCCGCAGCGCCUUCUCUGUCGCUCUAAACAAUUACACGAAUAUGAGGUGCUUCGGCCCCUUCAGCGACGACCAGCCCAUCAUCUACAAACAUGUCUUUCUUAAUAUGGGUGAUGGCUACCAGGACAACGGUACCUUCAUCGCUCCCUGCUCAGGCGUCUACAGCUUUGCCGUCACCGUCUACUCCCCAGAUUCAUCUACUGUCAAAAGUUCUGCCUGCGCCAGUCUGCAGGUUAACGGCCAGGCGGUGGCAAUACUCUUCGAACAAGUACUGCGUGACUUUGAAGACAGUGCCACCAUUGUUGUGGUUGUGGAGCUGAUGGCUGGGGAUCAGGUGGUGGUCAUCUUGCCCACAGGAUGUGUUAUCUGUGAUCACUACCGCCACUUUAACACUUUUACCGGCUUCCUGCUGUAUGCUACAAAAUAG